AGUUGUAUGGUAUUAACAUCUGAAAAAUGUAUACCUCAGAUCUUACAGCCAUUUUUAACAUGGCAAGUUGUUCGGUGUUAAAUGCAGUUUGCUUGUGAUUUUAUUUUAUUUAGUAUUGCUGGCUAAUACUACUUUUUUAUUACAUUAAGAUUUACAGUUUUCUAGUUAUGAAGAGGGUAACACUUUUUGUCAAUGGCACCGAUGUUUUAAAUGGCAAGGUAUUUAUAGUGAACAGUUCAUUAGAUGAAUUGCUAACAGCAGCUGGUUCAAAAUUUAACAUUACUGCUAAAAGGAUAUUUAAUGUUCAGGGUGGAGAAAUCGAUGAUAUCAAUAUAGUUCGGGAUGACGAUGUUUUAUAUGUUUCAUGUGGAGAAGAUUUUAUUCCAAAGGAUAAGCCUUGUACUCGGAGUCCGAUAAAUCAGAAUUCAGUUAAUUCAGAAUGGAUUACACUGAAUGUCGGUGGAAAGUAUUUCACAACAACCAGAGAUACUUUAACAAAAAAGGAACCAACGUGUAUGUUGGCCAGAAUGUUUACAGACGCUACAGACACAGAACAAAGAAUCUUACCUAGUCGACAAGACAAAAAUGGUGCAUUUUUAAUUGAUAGAAGUCCCACGUACUUUGAACCAUUGUUGAAUUAUUUAAGACAUGGACAGAUAAUACUUGAUGCCAAUGUGAAUGCAGCAGGUGUUUUGGCAGAAGCACGUUUCUAUGGAAUAGAAGGUGCCAUUGAUAUAUUGACUGCAAUGGCAGAUGAAAAAGAACUUCAAAGGAGUGGUUUGGUAUCCUUUACUCGUAAAGAUGUACUUAAAGCAAUUAUGUCAACACCUACAACUUCAGAACUUAGAUUUCAAGGUGUUAAUUUUGUUGGUGCUGACUUAUCAAAGUUAGAUCUCAGGAAUAUAAAUUUUAAGUAUGCAAUUAUGCGUGGCUGUAGUUUAGCAGGUUCGAAUUUAUCUGGCUGUUGUUUUGAACGAGCAGAUUUGUCUUAUGCAAAUUUACAAGGUGCACAGUUAAUUCGCGUAAGAAUGUUGUGCGCGAAUUUAGCCGCUGCCGAUCUACAUUCGUGUAAUUUUGAAGACCCUUUAGGUGUACCCGCUAAUAUGGAAGGUGUAAAUCUUAAAGGUGCCAAUCUUGAAGGCAGUAUCAUGGCUGCUGUAAAUCUUAGGGUGGCAACGUUAAAAAAUGCUAUUUUAAGAAACUGUAUUCUUAGAUCAGCUGUAUUAGCUGGUGCUGAUUUAGAGUGUUGUGACUUAUCGGGAUCUGAUUUACACGACGCGAAUUUAAGAGGCGCAAAUUUCAAGGAUGCUGCAUUCGAUUUGAUGUUAACGCCAUUACACAUGUCUCAAACGAUACGAUAAAUAUGGUUUAGGUUCUGUGAUGUAAAUAUUAUAUUUAUUUAAUUCGUAGAAUGAUUUCAGUAAUAUCAUUUUCAUAGAUGUGCGAUGCAUUUAAUUAUUGUUACGUAAAAUUAUUGUUGCAUCAUAAAUCUACGGCCUACCACUGCAAUCGACGGUUUAACGGAUUCAUGAUUUCUAUCUAUCUAUCUUUGAGUGAGAAUAUUUACCUUUUUGUAAGUUAAGGAUGUUAAGGUGGAUGAGAAUUGUAAUUUCGAAAAUUAAUGAGGGGCAUUACCGUCGAUUAAUUGAUUAAUUAUGAUUUGCUUAUCUCCUUUUUUUUACUUUAUGUAUACAUGGCACAUAUUUUUUUAAAAAAUGUAAUUGAAGAAAACAGGUACGUAUUUUGAUACACUGACUUUUGAUAAAUCAUUAUAUCAUUUUACGUAGAACGAGUUGAUAUUAUUUAUACAAAGAUCGAAGCAUUAAUUUUGCAUUCAAGGUAAAUCACCACAGAAAGUGUGCUAGAAUUAGGGAAAGGUUUUGUAUACAUAUUUCCUUAUUUGAUCGUAAUAUACUUAUUUAGAAUUUUGUGAUCAAAGUGAAUUUUGUGACUGAUGUGAAUUGAAUGAAUGUAUGAUGAUCAUAUAAAUUAUUUAUAGUAUUUUAUCUAAAUAAAAUACAAAAUAUAUUUAUUUUUGUUCAUUGUAUAAUAGAGUCAUAAAAAAUACAUUUAUUGUUUUUGCAUUCUCAGCAAAUAUUAUAUAGUAACAUAUUUGUUUUACAUGUUAGUAUAUACAUUUCGAAGAAAUUGUAUUUUUUUUAAACAUAUAAAAAGAGUAAUAUAUAUGUAUAUAUAUGUAUAUAAAUAGCCACAAAUGCACUUAAUAGAUUUUAAUAAUUUAAAUGGAAGCAAUGUGAGGUAGUUUUCGUUAUAAUUAAAAACUAUAAAUAUGGUACUAUUUUUAUGUUAAAUUAUUAAUAUUGAUAUAAAUAGUGAUACAGAAAUGUUUCUGCAAAACAAAUGUAACAGAUACACCAAAUUAUCAUUUUAAUAUAUAAUAUUCAAAAUAAUUAUUUCUGUUGAUUUUUAAAAAUAAAUUAAUAUUGAUAUACAUAUACCGAUAUAAUAAUAAGGUUUUACAGCGUAUAAUACAAUAUAUUUUGUAGAUAUCAGAUUGUGACUUCCAAAUAGAAAUAUUUCAUACUGUAGAGUUGAAGAUUAUAAAGUCUCUAUAAGAUAAUAAAUUAAGUUCCUUGUAAAUUUCUAUAAAAAAAAAAUAAUCGUGGUAGAUAUGGUUAUUAAAAAUAUGCAGAUAGAUCUUUAAAAAAAUAUUUAUAAUUUACAUAAAAAUAAGAAUUAUAAUAUAUUUAUUGUGUACAUUUCUUCCAUGGGAUUGCAGGAGCUCUAUUUUAGUAUAUGUUUGAUAUUUUUUGCAAUGUUUUUUGUAAGAAUUAUUUUUUUAGAAAGAUUUUUUAAGAAAAUAUUGUUUUCCACAACGUAUUUUUAUUUUUAAUUGAUAAUAGUGAUAGUACAUAUCUGUAUUAAGAAAAGGUUCUCUCUUCAUUCUUUUAUACAUGUCUUUAUGUAGGUGAUUAUCAAAACAUUGUCAAGAAUAAUAUGAUUGAUACUGAAUUAAACUGCUUCUUCGAUUUAA